ACGGGAGAAUAUGUUAGCCCAGUUGGGACUACGCAUUGCACUAUUGGCCACGUUGGUCAGUUUCAGCUUUACCCAGAGCUAUGCUCAAACCACCUGUAAGAAUGGUCUUGGAAGAGUGCUCUACGAGCGUCUUCCCAAUCAACAACUCCAAGGCUAUGAUGACGAUGUGGUGCGGGAUACAGCACCACCAUUCCGUGUGCUGGAAAAAUGUCAGGAUUUGUGCCUGAGGGAUCGCAGUGGAACCAAUAAUCUGGUGCGAACAUGCACCAGCUUUGACUUUCAGCCCGGCAGUCGCAUCACAUCGUUUGGUGGCACCUCCGAGUACGAGGAAUCCCUCUGCUAUCUCACCUCGGAGCAGGCUGGACCCGAGGGUAUUGGCAGUUUGAUGCUAGUCCCCAAUAGCGUGCAUUUCAACGAGAUCUGUCUGACAUCUAGCCGCCCGGAGCGAGAGUGUCCCAGUCGACGUUAUGUGUUCGAAAGGCAUCCGCGUAAGAAACUCAAGUUGCCCAUAAGCGACAUCAAGGAGAUAACGGCUGCCAAUCGUUCGGAUUGUGAGGACAAGUGUUUGAAUGAGUUCUCAUUUGUGUGUCGCUCCGCCAACUUUGAUUCCACAAUGCGAUCCUGCACCUUGAGCAGAUUUACACGACGCACACAUCCGGAGCUCAUGGAGGAUGAUCCCAAUUCAGACUAUCUGGAGAAUACGUGCUUGAAUGCUGAGCGACGUUGCGACGGCUUGGCGGUAUUUGUAAAGGAGGAGAACAAACGCCUGGGCGGUCCCUUUGAAGUGGAUAUAUUUAAUAAUAUGACACUGGAGGAGUGCCAGACCAUGUGUCUGCGUGCCGAGAAAUACUUUUGCCGUUCCGUUGAGUUUGAUGAUCAAAGCAAACAGUGUAUUCUAUCAGAGGAGGAUUCCAUUUCACAGAAGGAUGACAUCAGCAUCAGUUCCAGCCCCACACAUCAUUUUUAUGAUCUUGUAUGCCUCGAUAAUCAACGCGCCACCGAUUAUCCAGAUAACUCGGUUACCUCGCACCUCUUCUCCAGUGGACGUCGUCCAGAUACAGCAUUCCAACGUUACCGCAACUCGCGACUCGGCGGCGAGUUUCAUUCGGAGAUCACGGGACGAUCGUUGAGCGAGUGCCUCGACGAGUGUCUUCGUCAGACGAGCUUCCAAUGCAGGUCUGCGGUUUACAGCGAUCGUUUUCGUACUUGUCGCCUCAGUCGGUACAAUCAAAAGGAUGGCAUGCGCAUUAUAUACGAUGCUGAUUAUGAUUACUAUGAGAAUCUGAUGUUAAAUGUUGUGGGCGGUGGCGCCGAUGGCGAUGGAAGUCACAGUGGCAAUGAUCCCAAGCGACCUAACGAUCAGUCUGGCAGCAACUGGAGACAGCCUAACAAGCAUGACGAUCGCUAUGGUCCGGGGUCAACAGGUGUCGGUGUGGGCGUACCUGGCUCGAGCCUAGGCCAACAUGGAGGCAGUAACAACAACAGACUUCCACCUGGCGAAGGCGUUGACUAUGGAAGGCCUUACGAUCGUUAUCCGGAUACGGCAGCCAAUGAAUAUGAUCGUUAUCCUUAUGGUGAUCGUGAUAGAGAUCGUGAGCGCGAUCGUGAUCGUUAUGCGCCAGAUCGUUAUGGAGGAGGCUCUCGCUAUCCAGGCUCAGGUCCAGGUCCAGUUGGUAGCGAUGGCAUGGGCAUGGGUUAUGGCAGACCCUACGAUCGUUAUCCAGAUGAAUAUGAUCGGUACCCAAUGGGUGUCAAUGGCGACAGGGAUCGAGAUCGUUAUCCGGAGCGCUAUCCGCCAGAUCGCUAUGGAGACAGACGUUAUCCGGACAGGGAUCGGGAGCGGGAUCGUGAUCGUGAUCGUUUGCCUUAUCGCCCAUUGCCUUAUCCGGCCAUCAAUGAUAACUCCCUGCCCAGUGAUUUGCCUCAUACACGACCCUUUCCCAUCGAUGACGAUGCACCCUAUAGACCCUAUGGAUAUGGAGGAGGUGUCAGAUAUGGCGAUAAUCGCUAUGACAGUCGCUAUCCAUCACGUUAUCCGCCAAGUCGAGAUCCAGUGGGAGGUUAUACUGGUCGCGAUGCUCCGGAUAGUAUCUUUCCGGAUAGAAGAUAUCGUCCCUCCUCCAUGGAUCCUUCACGUUAUCCCUAUGCGCCGGACUCUCGCGCUCCGCCUGGACGCUAUGAUGAUAUUGUCCACAGUGCUCGACGCCCGGAACCAGAGUCCGCCAAACGAUAUCCGCCCGCUCCCCUUGCUCCAACUGGCAGUGCCAGCAAAUACGCCUCCAACCCGAAUCGCUUUCCGGUAGGUAACGAUCGUUAUCCCAUCGACAUCUACAAGUACGGUAAUCGCCUCGGAGCUAGUGAUCUUGGCAGACGCCCUGGUUUAGAUCGUCCGCCUCCGUACUACGACUAUGACUAUGAGGAACGUUAUGGCGAUCGAUUUGCACCAGGUCCGUAUGAUCGUGAGUACGAUGGUCCGCCGGGACGUAGGCCUCCGCCAGGUGGCCCCUAUGGGCGUUACGACACGCCUUUCAAUCGACCCUACGGUGGCGGUGUAAGCAGUCUGGAUGAUCGUCCCAUACCGCUACCUGGCCUAGGUCUGGGCCUUUCACAUCCACCCACUCCAUACGGUGUUGGUGCUGGUGGUGGUGGUGGUGGGGGAUCUCAUGUGGGAAUUGGUGUAGGCGCUGGUCCACCGCGUCCCCCGAUCACCCGCUGUGAGGAGAGUGACAACUUUAAACAGAUUGCGGCCAGGCACAAAAUGCGACGUCAUUUUGUAAGACGGGCACUGAUCGUGCCAAGUCUGAUACAAUGCGAACGGGAGUGCAUCGAGAGUCGAGACUUUGUGUGCCGUAGCUUUAACUACAGAGACACCGCCUCCAGCUACGAUGAUCGAGACAGGGAUCGCGAUCGCGAUCGCGAUCGUGAACAUGGACGGGAAAGAGACAGAGACAGGGACAGAGAGUCACCCAACUGUGAGCUAAGCGACAGAGAUUCGCGAGAAUUGGACAUACACGAUCCGGGAUCGUUUGACGCCUCCAACUAUGACUUUUACGAGCGCAGCAUUGGACGCAGCGAUGGCGAGUGCAUGGAUGUUACCCAGACUUGCAACGAGGAAGGCAUGGAAUUCACCAUACGCACCCCGGAGGGCUUUCUCGGAAGGAUCUACACUUAUGGCUUCUACGAUCGCUGCUUCUUUCGCGGCAAUGGCGGCACCGUCAACGUUCUGAGGAUCAGUGGACCACAGGGUUAUCCCGACUGUGGCACACAACGCUACGGUGAUACGUUGACUAAUAUCGUGGUCGUGCAAUUUUCGGACAAUGUACAAACAAGUCGCGAUAAGCGCUACAAUCUCACCUGCAUCUUUCGUGGACCCGGCGAGGCGGUCGUCAGCUCUGGCUACAUCGGCGCGGGCUCGGGCAGUCCCAUUCCCAUAGAAUAUUUGCCAGCUGAGAACACACUCAGUUCCAAGGUGCGUCUGAGCAUUCUUUACCAAGGCAGACCCACAACCACAAUUGCUGUUGGAGAUCCUCUGACAUUCCGGCUGGAGGCACAGGAUGGCUAUAAUCAUGUCACGGACAUAUUUGCCACCAAUGUGGUGGCCAGAGAUCCUUACUCCGGUCGCAGUAUUCAGCUCAUCGAUCGCUUUGGCUGUCCUGUCGAUCCUUAUGUGUUCCCCGAGUUGGACAAACUACGUGAUGGCGACACUUUGGAGGCACGCUUCAAUGCCUUUAAGAUACCCGAGUCCAACUUCUUGGUCUUUGAGGCAACUGUGCGCUCCUGUCGCGAAGGCUGUCAGCCUGCCUAUUGUCCAGGUCCUGCGGGACGUCAGGAACCCUCAUUUGGUAGAAAGCGUCGAUCCUUGAAUAUUACCGAAAUACCAGAGCCACAGGCACUUGAAGGUGUUAAUCAAUUGGACACGGACAACUUGGAGGAAGAGGUGAUUGUGGUAAACAGCACUACAGUGAGUGCCACAUCGGGUGGUGGGCAAUUCAAUGCUACGCAGGAGGGUGAAAAGUCCAAGGACGUCGAGGAACCCGAGCAAGUGCGAGAAAUGAUUGAGGUCUUUGAGACACGCGAGGAGAUUGAAAAAGAAUCGUAUCCACGCAAGCUGGUGGCACCUGUAGAAACGGUCUGUAUGACGCCUUCGGAGUAUCAUGGUCUGAUCACAGCCAUUAUACUGCUGAUGAUACUGCUCUUUAGCAUAACGUUGGUUGCGGGACUGGGCUACAGACGCUAUUGGAAGUCCAUGUCGAAGAAUCGUCUGGUGGAUCGCAAUUCUCCCAUACAUUCGCUGGGACAUUCGCAUUCCUCGAUACGCACUCACGAGCGCUUCACUGAAAUUGGUGCAGGUGGUACUGGAGGCGGCGGUGGGGGCGUGGCAGGAGGUGUUGGCCACAAUCAGAGCACAUCUAAUCGCAGUUCGAACGCUUUUCGCACCAACAUGUCCAUGUUUGGCGGCUCAUUACACAAGACUUUUGCCACAGGCAAUUUGGCCCGCAUGUGUCAGCUGCCGGUUAUAAAUCCCAUUCGCUCUGGCGCUAAUUCCAAUCAUCAGUUUGAGGAUCCAAGUGAACCGAUCUAUACCGAUCCCUCGCUGUUUGAACGCUCCAGAUCGCUGCGAAGUCUGACGAUGGUCGCCGAGUCGGAAGAUAAUCAAGAGGUUUAAAUUAUGCACAAGAGAAUUUUGCUCGUCUUCUUGUGAUUAGUUUGUAAAUAAUCUAAUGCUGUUCCGAUAGCCAACCAACAAGCUGCAUACACUUGCAGAUACAAUACUGAUAAUGAUAUCAUUAAAUAUUUGUAUCUCUAUCUGUAUUUGUAUCUUUGGCCCUACUGGAUACCUCCAAAGCAUGGGUCUCAAUUCAAUAUCUAUCUAGUUGUAAGCCUUUAAAACCGAAGAAUCUAUUAAUAUUAACAAAAUAAUAUAUAGAAAAAGCAUACAAAUCUUUAAAAACACAUAAAACAUAUUUGCAAAAUGUCAACACACAAUUAUUUGUAUACAACUAAGUUACAAAAUGCAAUAAAAGAUUAAAUUUAUCAAUA